AUGCAAGCCAUACGACACCAUCCUCCCGGCGGUACCGAAAAGCUCAAGAUCGCCUGGGAAGACAUACCACAGAUCCAAGACGACGAGGUUCUGGUCAAAAUACACGCCGCCAGCGUCAUCUGGAUGGAGCUAUACUGGGAAAUCUACCAGAAAGAGGACGGCACAUACAAAACCCCUAUCCUGGGAGAAGACUACUCCGGGGUCAUCGCAAAAGUCGGGUCUAAGGUCCCUCCUUCGAGCGGCCUGCAGGUCGGCACCGAAGUCAUGGCCUUUAUGAGUAAAGCAUUCCCCACGGACCGCAGUAUCGACGGCGGCAUGGCCGGCUAUGCAAAGGCGCACUUUUCCAAAAUGGUGCCCAAGCCGCAGAGUAUGAAUAUGACUGACGCUGCAUCGGUUCCGCUUUCUGCUCUCACUGCUUGGCAGGGCUUAUUUGACCACGCGGAGCUUAAGGCUGGGCAGACCCUGCUUGUUACGGGGGCCGCUGGGCCAACGGCGAUUUGGGCCGUCCAGAUAGGUAAGAUGGUAGGGGCUAGGGUUAUCGGCACUGCAGCGUCUGAGCAGAGCUUUAAGCUGCUGGAGUCGAUUGGAGUGGACCAGAUCUUGAACUACAAGGAGGUUAAGCUAAGCUCGGCCCUGGAGGGUGUCGGUGUCGACGUCGUCUUCGAUACCGUGGGCGGCGACACCACAGCGCAGGCCCUUGAGAUACUCAACAAAAACGGCAAGCUUAUCCACAUUGUGGACAGCACAAUGGUCGAUCGGCUUGGCAAGGAGGCUGGCGGGAGGCUUAUUUUUUUCAUCGUCGAUAUGAAUGCGGAGCAGUUGGCAAGGAUUGCGGACUUGAUUGGCGAGGGCAAGCUGAGACCAGUCGUUGACUCCGUCUUUGAGUUUCAUGAUGUUGUCAAGGCAUUCAAGAAGGGCGAGUCAGGCCACGCCCAUGGAAAGAUUGUGCUCCAGGGGCCUGAUGUAUGA